UCAAAUACGAGUUUUCAGAUUCAUCUCGACGGUGCUCGCGUCCAGUUGUCCGUUCGCAUUGAUCAACAAUAAUUGAGUUGUGUGCUGUAACUUCUUGUGACCACAAAGAGUUGUUUGGCCUUUAAUCAAAAAUAUCAAAGCAUCAGCGUUGGAUAAGUCCAUUGAAAGUCUAGUAACUGGAACCAAAAACCGCAAAAUGUCAACCUCUAUGUUCAUCUAUGCCAUGUGCCUUGUAUUGGCCGCCAAUUUGUUAUCAGUGAGUGCCAUCCGGUGUCACCAGUGCAACUCGCACGACAACGAGGACUGCGGUGGCCUGGUGGUGAACACGCCACGUGCCCAGAGGGACAACCAGUACCUGACGGACUGCAUCCCGCCCAGCGGCAAGGACGCCUUCUGCCGCAAGACGGUGAUCAAUUUCGAGCAGAACAACGAGCGCCGGAUCGAGCGGAGCUGUGGCUACAUACCGGAGAAGAUCCAGAACGCCUGCUUCACCGCCGACAACGAGGGCUACAAGCAGAUCAUCUGCACCUGUCCCGAGGAGGGAUGCAAUGGUGCCACCUCCCUGCUGGGCGCCCGCCAGGUGGGCUACAGCCUGGUUGCAUCUGUGGUCAGUCUGGCACUGGCCAGCCUACUCAGGCAUUAACUCAUCGAUCACCUCAACUUCUGCAUUCUGUAUCCUGCAUUCUGUAUCCUGCAUUCUGCAUCCUGCAUUCUGCAUCCAAAACACGUACCUUAUCCUAACUGGUUAAGCUAAGUCUUAAAUAUUUUGCACUAAGUUCUUUGCUGUUUGCCAUAUUUAGCUAUGUACACAUCCCCCAUUUGUCAUGGCAUCUAUUUCGCUAUUAGUCUUGUAUUCCGUAUUUGUAAUUAAUUACUGUAAAAAUAUAAGCAUUGUAUUUAAAAGAAA